AUGUUGCCCGCUUCUCGGUCCGCCCAUAAAGAUGCCGAGGCUGCGAAGGCCUCUGGCAUCCUCCAUCGCAGCCUGAACUACCUCCCUCUCAAGGUCGUUGGGGCGUUGGGGAACUAUCUCACGCUAUCCAAUGGCCAGAAAAUUCUGGAUGCUACCGGCGGCGCCGCUGUAUCAUGCUUGGGCCAUGGAGACAAGCGCGUCCAAGAUGCCAUAAUGCGGCAAAUGGACGAGGCUGCUUAUUGCCAUUCGCUAUUCUUUAGCACGUCUGCUGCUGAAGACCUGGGCCAGGAAUUGGUCGCGGGAACAAAGGGAGCAAUGGCGAAAGCCUUCAUUCUCAGUUCAGGGUCCGAGUCCAUUGAAGCAGCAAUGAAGCUCGCCCGGCAGUACCAUUUGGAGGUCUCGCCUCCCCAGCCCCAACGUACCAAGUUCAUUGCCAGGAAAGAGUCGUACCACGGUACAACGCUUGGGUCCUUGUCCUUGGGUGGGCACGUCGGCAGAAGAGCCAUGUUUGAGCCUCUGCUGCUAGAAAACGUUUCUCGGGUCUCUGCUUGCAAUGCGUACCGAGGCAAGAUGGACGGCGAGAGCGACCAAGAGUACGUUGCUAGAUUAUCAAACGAGUUGGAUGAAGAGUUCCAGCGCGUUGGCCCUGAGGCUGUCUGCGCUUUCGUCGCGGAGCCUGUUGUUGGUGCGGCGCUUGGUUGCGUGCCUGCCGUGCCCGGUUAUUUCAAGGCCAUCAAGGCCGUCUGCGACAAGUAUGGGGCGCUACUCAUCAUGGAUGAGAUCAUGAGCGGCAUGGGCCGUACCGGCACACUGCACGCCUGGCAGCAGGAGGACGUGGUUCCUGACAUUCAGACUAUCGGUAAAGGCCUAGGUGGCGGUUACGCCCCCAUCGCGGGUGUGCUCAUCAACCGCCGCGUGGUAGAUGUACUGCAGAAGGGUACCGGAAGCUUCUCUCACGGCCAGACGUACCAGGGCCACCCCAUGGCUUGUGCCGCUGCGGCGCAGGUUCAGCGAAUCAUUCGGGAAGAUAAGCUGUGCGAGAAUGUCAGGAACAUGGGCAAAUAUCUGGAGGUGCUGCUCAAGCAGAGGCUGGAGAACCACCCGAACGUCGGUAACAUCAGAGGGCGUGGGCUCUUUUGGGGCAUCGAAUUCGUGAAGGAUAAGGCCACGAAGGAGCCUUUCGACCCGAGGAUCGGAGUGGCAAUGGGCGUCCAUGAAAAAGGAAUGGAACCUAAAUACAGCAUCUCAAUUUACCCAGGCACCGGCACGGCGGACGGCAAAUCUGGCGACCACGUGUUGAUAGCCCCCGCGUAUAACGUCACAAGGGCUGACGUGGAGAAAAUCGUGGACCUAACGACUGGGGUAAUCACUGAAUUUUUUGCGGAGCUCUAA